CUUACAGGAAUUGUUUCAAUUAUGACUCUCACUGUUCUUGCUUAUGAACGCUACAUUCGAGUAGUCCAUGCAAAAGUGGUUGACUUCUCUUGGUCUUGGCGGGCUAUCGCAUACAUCUGGCUCUACUCAUUAGCCUGGACUGGAGCACCUCUUGUGGGCUGGAACAGGUACACACUGGAAAUUCAUGGAUUAGGUUGCUCAGUGGACUGGAAGUCAAAAGACCCCAAUGAUACCUCCUUUGUGCUCCUCUUUUUCCUUGGCUGUCUAGUAGCACCUGUUGGGAUCAUGGCCUAUUGCUAUGGCCAUAUUCUAUAUGCAGUAAGAAUGCUUCGCUGUGUGGAAGAUUUCCAGACUGUUCAAGUGAUCAAACUUCUAAAAUAUGAAAAGAAGGUGGCUAAAAUGUGUUUCUUAAUGAUCUCCACGUUCCUUAUUUGUUGGAUGCCCUAUGCAGUGGUCUCCCUCCUGGUAACAUAUGGCUAUAGCAACCUUGUAACUCCAACAGUAGCUAUCAUCCCGUCUUUCUUUGCCAAGUCAAGCACUGCUUAUAAUCCAGUCAUCUAUAUCUUCAUGAGUAGAAAGUUUCGACGAUGCCUUUUGCAACUCCUGUGCUUUCGCCUGAUGAGAUUCCAGAGAACUGUGAAAGAGAGACCAGCAACAGGGAACGACAAACCAAUACGACCAAUAGUUAUGUCUCGGAAAGCAGGGGACAGGCCAAAGAAGAAAGUGACUUUCAGCUCUUCCUCUAUCAUUUUUAUUAUCACUAGUGAUGACACUCAGGAAAUGGAUGACAACAGUAAACACAAUGGGACAAAAGUAAAUGUCAUCCAAGUAAAGCCACUGUAG